AAUAGACUCCAAAAAAUCCAAAAUCAAAAAGGGCGAAACCGAAACCGAAACCUCUCCUCUCUCUUCUAACCUCGAGCCUCGGCCUCCGUCUCCGUCUCUCGCUGGCACAGCACAGUCCGACUCUCCAGCCGGAGCAACCCUCGCCGCCAUCGUCGGACCUCUCCCGUGGUCUCUUGAGUUCAGCCUUGCGACCGGGCAGCCCAGAGCAGCAACCCCAUCUCCGCCGCUCUCGACUUUUUUGCGGCUCCCCGACUCCGAGUCCCCGCCGGUCUUUGCCGCCGCCGCUACGCCUAGCUCGCCUAUUCGCCGCCCUCGAACCCAGGGCAAUGUGUUAGAUAUGGGUUCAAUUUCGCUUGGGGUUCGAAUCACGAGCGCGAUGGCGGCGGUUGCUUCAGCCCCCAGUUGGAUACCUGAGGACGAUCUGUUGUUGAAGAACGCUGUUGAGUCGGGUGCUUCUCUGGAAGCACUAGCUAAAGGAGCUGUACGGUUUUCUCGAAAGUUUACCGUCGGAGAAAUAAGAGAGCGGUGGCAUUCGCUUCUUUAUGAUCCUUCCAUCUCUGCAGAAGCUUCUGCUCGUAUGAUUGAGUGCGAAACUUCAGCUAAAAAAUCUGGGAGUUGUAAAGAAAAUCCAGAAACUUCAGGUAAACGAAAAGCCGAGAGCAUUCGGAAAAUAUAUUAUGCUAUGCGGAAGCAGAUUUGCAGCCAGUCUGCAAAUUCUAUUUUCUCUGAUGAACCUGAUGUGAAUGGUUUCAUCUGUAAUGAAAGUUUUGUGCAUGAAAAUCAUAUUCAAGGCCACUUUGGUGGACAGGAUCCUAACGCAAAUGUUUUGAAUCCUGGAUUGGUCAUGGAUUCUGUUGCAGCUAAAGAAACUAGUGAAAAAGGAGGGUACUUGAGAAAUGAUUACUGUAACAAGUUCAACGAAAAGGUCCCUGUAUUCACAGUCAAGCAACUAGUGAGAAAGGACACUGAAAGUUCUGAUGGUCGUCAUGAAGAUACCCUAAGUACGCAUGUGGAUAAUAGUCAUCCAAAGGAUUGUGCUGUUCUUGAGGACGUGGAGCCAGGUCAUACGCUUCCAGGUGCUGGUGCGUCCAACCACUCGAUAGAACUGUCAUCUCCUCAUUCGAGGUUACCUAUAUGGAAGACGAUCGAAGAUGUGGCAGCACCUGCAAUCCUAAUGAAUGAUAAGAUUCCUUCUAUAGAAGAGGUAAUGAAACUCUGCGAUGAUCUCAAUAGGGAGCACAUGUGUUUGCCAGAUCACAACAACAGCUCUGAGAAAAUUUUGUCGGAUGAAAAUGCUCUCAAGCAAAUUGGGAGUUCUACUGCUCUCUCUGAAAAUGACUUUGUAUAUUUUUCUGAAUGUUUAUGGAGCUAUGGGGAUGACCUAUUAAUGGACGUUGAUGAGAAAGGUACAACAGAUAAGGUUUGUAACGAGAGUGCUAAUUUACAGGUGUUGGAUUAUGCAAACAGCAGUGUUAAAGAUGAUACAUCUGUUCCUUGUCCAACUCAAACACUGAAUUCAAAUCUGGCUAGUGGUCAAGAUGUAAAUUUUCCACCAACGUCAGAUUUCCGAGUUGAUAAGUUAGACGUUGAUCAUGGGUACCAGCAUGGUAGUGCAGACAUCGAUAAGCUUUCAUCAACAGCGGCACCAGAUCCUCCUCUUCCUGGAGACGUCCGUGAGGAACUUAUGGUAUGCACAUUGAAUAGUGAAGACCCAGAGAUUCCAUGCAACGAUGAUUUUAUCCCGUCUACAUCGUACCAUAGUCAUAAGGCACGCAGUGGCCUCUCUUUAUCAUCUGCUAACCGAGGAAACAGAGAACAAGGACGGAGCUUCUUAAAGAAAGAAAAGAACCACACACAAUCUUCCGAGCCCUGUCAGAUAAUGGGGCUGCAGGCGUCGUCAAAUUUUGGUCCAAAAUAUCCACUUGCUAGUUCUGGGGUAAAAUGUGAAUUUGCCAGCAGUAACUAUCUUAAUUCUGUCUCCAGGCCAGCCCUCAAUGCCCAUUUAGACCGGAGUCCGUGCAUAACAGCAUCUGGACCAUUACACAUAAAUGGAGAAGCAUUGACCAAGCUAGAGUCCUCUGAUAUAUGCAAUGCUAUGACUUUUCAUUUAGAUGCCGGAGCAGGACCUACAAGAGAUGAUUUUCAGGAACCACAAGGAAGUCCCUCUGUCGUGGAUCCGGAAGAGUCUGAAAGCGGAGACGACGUUCCUUGUUUUUCUGAUAUUGAAGCCAUGAUACUCGACAUGGAUUUAUGUCCCAACGAUUGGGAUACCUAUGUCGGCAGAGAAGUUUCUAGGUACUCACAUGAGGACGCUAAGAGGGCUAUUGUUAGAUUGGAGCAAUGUGUUCAAUCUUCUAUACGGAGAGCCAUCGCUUCUCGAGGUGGCCUUGCAGUAUUAUGCGGGCGCCACUUGAAGCAUUACAUUAGAAAACCUGAGGUCAUACUCGGCAGAUCAACUUACGACUUUGAUGUCGAUAUUGAUCUUGGAAGAGGAGGAGGGACAAACAAAAUAUCCCGACGACAGGCGUUGAUUAAGUUGGAAAAGGACGGUUCUUUUUCUUUGAAGAAUCUAGGCAGGUGCUCCAUGUUCUUGAACGGGAGAGAAGUCACCAGCGGGCAGCGACUGGAUCUUAGCUCGGGCUGUUUGAUCGAGGUCAAAGGGAUAAGCUUUUUAUUCGAGAUGAACCCCGAAUCCGUCGGUCAGUACCUGGCAAAGUUGCAGUAGAGAGCCAAGAGGUCCAGUCGACUUGCCUGGGCAACUCGAGCAAAUAAAUGUUGCGAAUACAAAGCCUGUCCUACAUAUUGGGAUUCUAUGACGACAUUACAGUACAGACAAUUUAGAGCUUGUUCGUUUCAGUCAAGUAAUAAGCAGAAAGUAGUGCUCUGUUUCACCUUUCAAAAUUCAGAUAUUAGUCGUGAUUUCCAAAAGGG